CCUUUAAUUCCAGAUUCCAUUUUUCGGACAUUCUUCUAGCAGCAGCAGCAGCUCUUCAGAAGAGAAGCAGUCGAAAAAAGGUCGUAAAGUUUCUGAAGGAUUGUCGUCUGUAACAACUACUAGCUUCCCUGGUGACGGCACUUCGGAGGGAAUGGCUUGGGAAGCUGAUUAUACUGAAACUCCAGAGGAGUGGUCUACCGCUGAAGAUUAUCAGCCCGUAGACGAGAAUUUAGCAGCGAAAGAAUAA